AGUAAGUGACGUAUGGUCAAGAUGGUAGUUUGUAUGUUAAAAUCUUCGAUGUGUACAUGGUAUAUUCGUUUAAAUAAACAUUAAUUAUGAAUGGAUUUUUGUUCAACGUAAACUUUUAUUACAAUGGAAGAUAUUGAUGACAGUCAUAAUGAUAACAAAGGUGCUUUUUGGAAGAAAAAUACAAGAAAUGUACCUGGAAGAAUGGGUUUUUGGCUUAUUUCUAAGCCUAUUAGUUGCCUCUUACAACAGGAAGGAAUAUCAUUGGUGCAUUCUAUGGGAUACAAUAGGGAUUUAAAAAAUGGAAAAGAAAUUAAAGUAUUAAACCAGUGUAUGGAGCUAUGCAUCCUCCUAGACUCGAAUCACAGUAACAAUUCGAAACCUUUUGGAGCAGAGGAGAUGUCAACAUCAACGCUCAACCUGAUACCGAUCAAAUAGUGUUUCCCUGAACUUUGAAACUCUCCAUUGUAAUUCCAGCUUUUUGUUUACUUUUCUGACAACUAAUUUUUUUAUAGUUUUUGCAAGACUGUCGGGCACUCUAUAAGUUUUGUGUCGGUUUUUAUUUUCUAAAGGUGAGAGUUUAACUGUCCUAUCGGGUAUUCAUUAAUAUUUUAACACCAAAAUUUUGAAUUCCAUUCGGGCCUCACACUUACAUAAUUCUUUCAUGCAGUAGUUGAUUUCUGUUCUCUGAAUUUUUGUGAGUGCUUUUCUGAACUUUUUAUUUCAAACAGAAAUUGAUAAUAUUAUAGAGCAUAAAAAGAGUGGAGUGUCAAGAACUGUGCUCACCAUAGAA